GAUUCCGCAGAGGAAAAGAAGGUAGUCGAAAGCGGCAGUCCUUUUGAGACGUCCAAUGAUGCCGAAGAUGAUCGUCGUCACUACGUGAGUGAAUUGGUGUACAUCCAUGACAAGCUCAUGAUUAUCGACGAUCGUAUCGUCCUGGUCGGUUCAGCCAAUAUCAAUGAUCGGUAAGUCAAAAUGAUCAUCGUGUUCCUUGGCGUAGCUUUGCAUAUUGAUGUUCUGCAAAUAACUAGUUCACAAUUGGGUAAUCGAGACUCUGAAGUGGCGAUGCUCAUUGAAGAUACAGAAAUGGUGAAUUCAUAUAUGGACGGCAAAGAGUACAAAGCGGCCAAAUUCGCACUGAGUUUACGAUUGCAACUGUGGAAGGAGCACCUUGGGCUUUUGGAUUUCAAGGACUGGUCGUCUCUAAUGGAUGAUCCUCAAGAGAUUCAUCUGGAUCAGGAAGAUACGCGACAAUCGUCUCCUGUGACCAUGACGGAAGCCGAUAUUCGGUCGUUUGAGGAAAAAGAACCGGAUCGGGUCCUCGACGACGCCGGCCGGACUGAUAAAGAUGAUGACAUGUGUCGAUCUUCAACCGAUCAGCGACAAGAUACAGCGGCGUUGGACCCGUUAUCCGAUCAGUGCUAUUACAACGUCUGGCGCAAAACGGCCGAAACCAAUACUCAGAUCUAUCGGGAACUGUUCCACUGUGUUCCGGAUGACACGGUGCACACAUUUGAACAGCAUCGACAGUUUCUCCCAGAUCCGACCGUGGUCCCCCACGGCCACAUUGCUGAUCCUGAUAUGUCUGAGAAAGAAAUCUGUCAACGUUUGUCAGGCAUCCGUGGCCACCUGGUCAAUUUUCCUACCGAAUACCUCAAAAACGAAAACUUGCUUGGUUCAUACCUGAGGGAAACCGUUACUCCCAUGGUGAUCUUUACCUAGCUUCAAGCAUCCAUCUACCCACCCGCCAAUGUAUCUUUUUUGUUUCUAAAUCACUAUUCCCUCCUAUCUAUUAAAUCUACAUACUACAGUUUACGUCAAGUCACACUCAUUAAACUUCUU